GCUCCUACGCGUGCCAGGCGAAGCGUUUGGACCCGUUUGCAGAGCUGCGGGCACGAGCAGGUCCAGACGCGAGCUCCGAACUCGUCCCUGCUUUUGCGCUCUAGCGGGGGAUACCUUGGACAGCUCCCCCACCUGGCAUUCCUCCACCCCCCCUUUCCUCCUCCUCCUCCUCCUCCAGCUCCCAGCCACGCUGCUAGCUUGGUGCAUUUCGCAGCCUGACCGUGCAGCGCCAGAGCCGGGAGCUCGCUCUUGGCCCCGACAGGAAUUCCCGGCUCCAGCGCCCGGCGGAGAGAAGCAUGGAUGUGAGGCUCAGAGCCGGGCUGUUGCGGGUCCCGGGCCUGCUGUGCCUAGUCCAUGCCAUGGCUCGAAUCGGGGCCGAGCAAGAAGUGGAGAACCUCUCCGGGCUCUCCACCAGCCCCGGAAAGGAUAUUUUUGUGGUGCGGGACAACGGCACCACGUGUCUGAUGGCCGAAUUUGCAGCCAAAGUGAUGGUCCCUUAUGAUGUGUCGGCCAGCAAUUAUGUCGAUCUGAUAACAGAAGAAGCUGAGAUUCCGCUUUCCCGAGGAGCAGAAGUGAGGGGGAAAUGUGGCACUACCGAAUCGGAACUCCAAAUAUCGUGGCUAGACAAAGUUUACACCCUCAAACUGUAUUUUGUAAAGGAAGGCCAUAACACAACCAAAAGGCAAGAGGCGGUCUGGAAAUUGAACAAGAUCCAAUUUGUCUAUGAUUCUUCGGAGCGAACCUACUUCAAAGAUGCCGUCAAUCCUGGGAAGCACACAGCCAGCUCGCACCACCUUUCUGCCUUACUCACCCCAGCUGGGAAAUCCUACGAAUGCCAAGCUCAGCAGACCAUCUCCCUCAUCACCAGUGAUCACCAGAGAACCGUAACUCUCUUGCUGUCAGAAGUCCGCAUUCAGCCCUUUGACAUCAGUGCUGACUUUGUCUUCAGCGAAGAACAUAAGUGUCCAGUGGACGAGAGGGAACAGUUAGAAGAAACCCUGCCUCUGAUUUUGGGUCUGAUAUUGGGGUUGAUGAUUGUGAUAACCGUCUGCAUUUACCACAUCCACCACAAACUGACAGCCAACCAGGUACAACUUCCUCGAGACAGAUCUCAGUACAAACACAUGGGAUAGAUGGCAGGAUGCAUCCAAACUGAGUACUUAUCAGGUAGACAAAGCAAAAGCACUUUUUUUUCUGUAGGUGAGGACACACGCAUGGUAUAUCUACAGUAUAAUGGCCAAAUGGAGAUGAAAACACUCUUCACAGUCAAAGCUUCACGCUGAGGGCAAAAUUCUCUUCUCAGAUUCAAACCCCAACAUUUUACUCUCCCCACAUAUGCAGCACUCCCUUGCCAUACAUGUAUGAAGAGCUGGGUAUUGGAGUGAAGAUUUACUACUCAGAGUUUUGCUCUAAGCAUUAAUUUAGUGUAUUCAUUAUUAAGAGCCAUGUCCUGCAUUCCUAACACACUAGAAAUUCCCCUGGAAGUCAAUGAAAGGAAUCUAGGAGUGGCCACAAAGUAGACAUUUUAUUCUGAAAAAUCCAGGCCAGACCUUCAGCUGGUGUAAAUUGGUGUAGCGCCAGUGAAGUCAAAGUCAGCUGAUUUCAACCAGCUGAGGAACUGACCAGGCAUUUAAGGUUGAGAGAGGAAAGUUUGGUUUUGCUUCUGAGUUACACUUACGAACCUGUUGAUGCACAAAAUAUAGAGCACCACGCUACUGCAAGUCAAUCAAUGCUUCUGGCUGGGCGUCCUGCACGUAUUGUGAUUGUCUUUGAAACGUUACAUUGCUAUCUGCACCUGACAAUUUCACAACAAAACAAAAAUGUUACCGUUACUAUGCAGAUCAUUUCAGGUGUUACCCAAUGUAACAGAAAAUACGAACUCUAUCAGCUAAUGUAAAACAUUUUUAAAAUGAAUUAAAAUAUACACCUGUAUAAAA